AUGGAUCUCGACAAGCCUCUCGAUGCGCUCAUCGCUGAUAAGCGUCAGCCCGCUCAGACUGCCCGGCCUGCCGCGAGAGGCGGCAGAGUCAGCAGGGAUCGAAAGGAUGCUGUCCCUUACUCUCGUCCACCACCGAGGUCGACGGGCGAUGCGUGGGUCCACGAUGCGUAUAAUGGUCCGAACCGCCCGCAGCGGGGUGGAGGUGCCCGAAUGGGCGGACCGCCAAGGGUCGGCUAUAAUCCUAAUUCGGGAGAAGGAUUUACUGGGAUCAGCCCCAGGAUCGAGGUAUUGGGUUUGCACUAUGAAGUGAUGCCUGGAGAUCUCAAGUCUAUCUUCAGCCAGGCGGGAAACCUUGUGCAGGGUCCAGAUAUCCGUUACGACGUAUCCGGCCGUUCUACCGGGGAAGCCACUAUGGAAUACUCUUCAGUCCAAGAGGCCAAGAUUGCGAUCAACAAGUUCGAUGGCGCCAUGACCAAGGGCCAAACCAUUUCGAUCCGCUUCCUCCCGCCCGUCCAAAUCCGCCCCCCUCCUGCUCGUGCUUCAAGCUACAACGCGCCUCCCGCUGGCCGUCAACAGACCGGCGCGUCUUUGCUCGCUCGGAUCGCUCCUCCGCCGAGGGGUGCGCCAGCCGGUCCGCCGAGGGGUCAAGGUGGUCCCGUCCGGGGACGUGGCGGACCUGCGCGAGGUCGAGGUGGUGCUGCAAGUGCACGCCCCGCGAAGUCGGGACCGCCGGACGCUGGCAACCUCGAUGCCGAAUUGGACUCGUUCAUGAAGGGCGAUGCUGCCGGCGAUGUGGCGAUGGCUUAG